AGCUUCCUGGGGACUCUGGCUGCUGCCGCCGCCUCCUCCAGGCUGGUCCCCAGCAACUAGUUGGACCUCAAGACCCGGAGGCGGGCACUUUGGCCCCUCCCUGCAUCUGCGGUGCGUGGGCCGGGCUUGGGCUAGGACCGCGCCAGCCCGACGAGUGUUCGCGUCCUCCGGAGGGCCCAGCCCAAGCGUCCCGCAGGCUGGCGUCGGGCCCAGAGAUGUCGGAGCCGGCGGAGGCCCGGGACUCGCCGCGGGAUGCCCGCGCGCCCACCCCGCGCCGCUGGCUCUGCUUGGGCACGCUCAGCCUGCUCAGCUGCUCUAACGCCACGCUGUGGCUCAGUUUUGCGCCUGUGGCAGACACAGUGGCCCAGUACUUCCUGCUGACCAUGGAGCAGGUCAACUGGCUCUCCAUGGUUUUCCUCGUGGUGUCCAUACCGUGUAGCCUAGCAGGCAUCUGGGUUCUGGACUUCAUCGGGCUCCGUGAGGCGAUGCUCCUGGGAGCGUGGCUCAACUUUACUGGGAGUGGGUUCCGGGCCCUGCCUAGCGUGGCCGCCGGGAUCCACAGCCCAUUCGCCUUCCUCAUGGCUGGACAGAGCCUAUGUGCCCUGGCCCAGACUCUGAUCAUCUUCUCCCCAGCCAAGCUGGCUGCCCUGUGGUUUCCGGAGCAGCAGCGUGCUACGGCCAACAUGGUUGCCACCAUGGCAAAUCCCCUAGGCAUCCUCGUGGCCAAUGUGCUGUCCCCAGCUCUGGUCAAGAAGGGGGAGGACAUCCCUAUAAUGCUUGGUAUGUACGUGAUCCCUGCUGGCCUUGCCUGCCUGUUGGCGUCCACCUGCCUCUGGGGGCAGCCCUCUGCCUUGUCCUGGACCAUGGCUCCUGGCUCCCCCUCAGGGUCCUUCCUGCAGGGACUGAAGCAGCUGCUCCAGAAUAGAGCCUACCUGAUCCUAGCUGUAAGCUUUGGGGGUGGCGUGGGCAUCUUCUCCAGCUUCCUGGCGCUCCUGGAGCAGAUCCUAUGUGCCAGCGGCUACUCCAAUGAGUUCUCGGGCCUUUGUGGGGCCCUGUUCAUCGCAUCUGGGAUCCUGGGGGCACUAGGUCUGAGCCUGUAUGUGGACCGGACCCGGCACUUCACUGAGGCUGUCAAGGUGGGCUUCUGCUUGACCUCCAUGGCCUGCGUGGCCAUUGCGCUGGUGUGUCGACUGCCUGGGCAGCGCCUGGCACUGGCCGCUGCCUGUUCUCUCUUCGGGUUCUUUGGCUUUGCAGUGGCACCAGUGGCCACAGAGUUGGCAGUUGAGUGUUCCUUUCCAGUGGGUGAGGGGGCAGCCGCCGGCCUGGCCUUCAUGCUGGGGCAGGUGGAGGGAGCGCUGAUCACAGUGCUGAUGUCCAACCUAGCUGUGCAGCGUCCAUGGCCCUCAGUGUCCACCUGCCGGCCUGGUGAGGACCUGCUUGACUGGACAGCAUCCCUGCUACUGAUGGCCGGUGUGUGCACCCUGUUCACUUGUGUGCUGGUGCUCUUCUUCCGCUCCCCGUACCGACGCCUGCAGGCCACGUCUGGCGAGUCCUCCUGCAGCCAGGACAUGUCAGCAGCCCCAGCUGCGGUGCCGUGGGGGGCUCCAAGUGGCCUCUGAAGGCGUGAAGCUGCAGGGAGGGGGCGACAGCUCUGGCUUGGGGGGAGGUGGGACCCGCAGCCCUCAUGGGGCCCAGUGGGCCAUUGGGGUUAGAAUGUGUCAGUGCCUGCGUAGUAGGGCUCCCGAGGUGUAGACCCCUGACCCUGGGGGCUCAGCAGGGGCAUUCACAGUGCUGCCUGAGGCCUCCUUUGGAGCCCCCAGUGAGCAAGAAUGAGUUCCAAAUAAAUAGUAAACUUUAAAAACAAAACAAAGACCAUGCCCACGACCCUGGUGACCUCAACUGCCAGCUCCACCCAGGGUCUGGGGAUAGGCUCUGUGGCCAGGGAUGUAGCUGCUCAACCACAGCUUUUUUGGGGGGCAUCCCAGCAGUCUGGGGAUAUUCUGGAGGGAGAUCCCCUCCUUCAACUCCUGGACCUGGGGGCAAUGCUGGAGCA